CCUUGAAGACGACAGCAGAAAUGUGUUUGUUGCAUGACGGAAUCGUGAAGGCAGUUAGUUUAAGUGGUGCCUUGAUCUCAGUUGCGAGAUGGAUAUGGAUCUCCAGGGCUGUUGUGCUGCACGCAGUAGGAAAUAUUGUCUGGAAAGCAAAAUUCAUGGACUAAAAUCAUAGGAAGGGGGAUAGGCGAAGUUGGAAGGGUGAAAUUGACAAAAAAAAGUCUGUGCACGGCCAGUGGGCUUAAAACAAGGUGGAAAUGAUGGCCAACGUGUGGAGAGGUCGAGCCGUUGUCUUUGUGCUGCAUGCCAGUGGUGGAGGAUCCGGACUGUAUCCGCUCACUGUGUAUCCAUUCCCCGGCCCUCCACUUCUCCGCUUCGCUACAACACCAGCGAGUGCUGCCGGCGUGAAGAGGUGGCGAUCCACCUCCUCCAUGACCGGCUACUCCGAGCUAACCAGGGAAAGAUCUAAAACUGUCACCUCCUUCUACAAUCAAUCUGCGAUAGAUGCAGCAGCUGAAAAGGCAUCUGUGCGACUGACACCUACUACCAUGUUGUAUUCAGGGAAAUCACCAGAUGGGAGCCAUAUCCUGAAGAGUGCCAAGUACCUGUACAAAGAAUUGCCCGUACGCAUCGCCCAUCGGAUUAAGGGAUUUCGGAGCCUUCCUUUCAUCAUUGGGUGCAAUCCCACAAUUCUGCAAGUGCAUGAAUUAUACAUCAGGGCCUUUCAGAUGCUGUCAGACUUCCCACCUAUCACCAAUGGGAAGACAGAGGCUCAGUACGGAAAGAUGAUUCGACAGCUUCUUGAUGAUCACAAGGAUGUUGUCACAAUGCUGGCUGAAGGUUUCAAAGAAUGCCGUAAACAUAUCCAGGAUGAGUCAUUAAUCCGCUCCUUCCUGGACAACACCUUGACCUCACGGUUGGGAAUCCGUAUGUUGGCAACACAUCACCUGACCCUAUACGAGGAUAAUCCUGACUUCGUGGGAAUUAUCUGCACACGACUAUCUCCAAAGAGGAUCAUUGAGAAGUGGGUAGACUUUGCUCGGCGCCUGUGUGAGCAUCAGUACGGAAGCUCCCCUCGGGUGCGGAUAAAUGGCCACGUGGCAGCAAGGUUUCCUUACAUCCCCUUGCCGUUGGACUACAUCCUGCCUGAAUUGCUGAAGAAUGCAAUGAGAGCAACGAUGGAGAGUCACCUGGAGACUCCGCACAAUGUCCCUGACAUUGUGAUCACUAUCGCCAACAACGAUAUUGAUUUCGUUAUCAGGAUAUCGGACCGCGGAGGCGGGAUUCCGCACAACAACAUCGGCAAAGUGAUGAACUACCACUUCACCACGGCCGAGGAGAACGGUCAGGAUUCCCGGAUGAACACGUUUUAUGGUCACAUGGUGAACAGCGGCCCGCACUCGGGCCCCAUGCAUGGAUGUUGGGGUCAGCCCGAGGUCACUGACAGCUGGAGCACGUUAACUGGUGCAACUUGCCUUUGGACUGUGGGUGGUUCGCAGGCAGUGGGGUCUGGUGUUCCCCAUCUCCUCUGCAGGUUUGGAUUUGGUUUGCCCACUUCUCGUGCUUAUGCAGAGUACCUGGGAGGAUCGCUCUCCAUUCAAUCCAUGCAAGGCAUCGGAACAGAUGUUUAUUUGCGGUUAAAGCACAUUGAUGGAAGGGAAGAAAGCUUUCGCAUUUAAGCUGGUAUGAUUGGCUGUACAAUAAUCCUAGGUUCCAAAUGAAUCAUGCCUGCUGUAACUGAGGUAUAAAUGGAAAUAUUUCCAGAAAACUUUGUGACCUUUGUUAUUCAAAAUGAGAACUCCUAUAGUUAGCAUCACUUGAAUAUUGGAGAUUUUCAGACCUCUGAGGAAGGACCAGCAAACAUUUAUAGGAUUAACAUCUAUUCAGUUUGAAUGGUUUUUGAGUCGAGUGGAUUUUCAUUGACUGGACUGAUACUAAAGAUACCAGCAUUAUUGGUCAGGCAGCAGAGUCCUCUACUGGUCCCUGCCUGCAGUGACAGACAAAGUAGUUCAUUGUUUUGAAACUUCAGACUGAAAAGCUAAACCUUUACACAUUUUAUGCAGAAUACUUGGCACUUUUUGAAGAGGUGAUGUUGGUAAUGGUUCCUGGGUUUGACAAUCAGAGACUGCCUGCUAUUUUUUCUAACUGAAGCUUCAGUCUGUGCUGCAUUCCAGAGACCUAAGUUAAUACACAUCCAAGAGGAAUUACAGUUUUCAUUCCAAAUAAUAAAAAAAUGUCACUUACCAAUGCUGAAAACUCUCAGCAGGUCAGGCAGCAGCCGUGAAGAGAAACAGAAUUAACAUCUUGGGUCAAUGACCUUUCAUUAGGAGCAUUUAUUUUGUUAGUUUUAAGUUGGAUUUGUGAUAUUACUCAAUGCUGGUGCUAUCUACUUAAAGUUACAGUACACAUUAAUGAGAACAAUGGGAUUUUUAGUUAUCUAAGAAGCAGCUCUGUGCUAGUUAUAAAGGAAAUAACUAAUUUGAAGUCAGGAGUUUAAGGCAGACUUAAUUGUAGCGUAACAGUAAACAGGUUCAUGAGGUGUAUAUUUACUUUUUAAACCUCACAAGCUGCUGCAUUAAGUUUCCACUUUAACUGGGUCCUUCAGUUAAAGCUGCCUUACAUCAGCUAAUUAUGGCCCACUUUGCCUUUUGUUCCAGUUCCUUUCAUCAAGCUGUGUCAAGCUGUGCUCACUGAUUCAAGAAGGUAGUUCCCUGAAUUUGCUGUUUCCUCGUGUUCUCUAUGACUUGGCACAGUAGCAAGCACCCCUUUACAAUGCAAGGCCUUUAGCUGAUGCAUAGGGAGCUUUAACAUCACCGAAAGCCCCUAAACAUAUGGGUGUAACCACAAGAUCAGUGAAUUCUCACCCUUUGCCCACUUUAAUAAAGAGGAAUAGUUCUGGUCAUUUUUAUGUUUGCUGAGGAGAUUGUGGAAGGAUGAUGACAAAUACAAAGAAUGAAGAUUUGAAAAGAUCAUUUCUUCUGAGACAGGAAAUGUAUUUUAAUUGGAUCAGAAUUGGAUUUUUUUUUGAGAUUAACCCUCUAGUAUUGGACGAUGUUUAUUUUACUCAAAUUAAAACAGCAAAUUCUUGCUUAUUUUAAAUUGUAUUUAAUGCUCAGAAAGCAAUAGCUUGCACACUAGACUGCUUUACACAAAAUAUUUUAAUUACUUGCUUUCAACACAAAUUUUACUAUUUACCAUUUUAGCUCAAGAAUUGUGUUGAAGACUGUUAUUCAUGCAGAGAUUUAUCCAUGAACAGCAACUGCCAUUGCAUCUGUGGUAUUGAAUUAGUGAAUUAAUUAUCAGCAAAUUGUCACUUAUACUGGAAGCAAGUCUAUGGUGCUAUACAAAUGUAACGUUGUGGCCUUGAUCAAUGUACCUUUACCUGGGUCAGAAAAAGACAAAAAACAAACCACUGGAUUAUAAUAACUCAAAUGAAAAGAGAAAAAUCCUUUCAAACAAUCUAAAGGUAAAUAGAUUAAAAGCACUGUCCAUUCAAAUAUAAAUUGUAACAGUAAAAUCUGCAGGAGUUUAAGCCAGCAUUUCUUUAGUUCUCUGCCUGGCAUCAUUGUGAUCUUUUUAGAUUCACAAAUCUUAUCCUUUCCCAUCAAGUCCUGUUCAUUCAUAAAUAUGACAUUUCCCAAAUUCUGCCUCUUUUGACCUCUGACACACAUUGUAUCUGUUGGAACUGAAUGUGUGCUCAGAUCAGGGGAUCUACAUGUAAUUGUGAAUGAAAUGUUGGUUUUAAUAAAAUGUAGUUUUUAAUCUUG